UUUUAUUCAUGUAAACAAGAAUCAGCUGAGUAAAAAAAUGUUAUGAUAAAGAAGCUAAAUAGAGUUGUCAAUAUUUUUAUACUUGUUGAUCAAUCAAAAAUUGUUAUUCACUCAGAACCUAAGUUAUGGAACUAAUAAAUUUUUUUUUAUUUACAAAACUGAUUUUCACUCAAACUUUAUUACGUCAAAAACAUUCUGUGGCUAAUUGAGUGUUGACGUCAAUUUAAAAUAAUAUUGACUUGUCAAAACAUUAUAAAAGAAAUUUAUUUCCACAAAUUCGGACAGUGGAUCUCGUUUUUGGCCACAAGAGCUUUGUUAUUAUUUUUUUGAAUAAAAAUUUUCUAAUAUUUCAUCUGCUAAAAUGAAUCACAGCAACAAAAUAUUCAUAGCCCUGUUCAUUAUCUUAUACAUAAUAAAGAUGACUACUGCUGCUAUAAUUCCAAAUAAAUUAUCAUCAAUUACCAAGACUAUUCGAAGGCCAGAGAUGCUUCAUCAAUUGCCAAUAAAAGUGAUCAAGCGAGAAAUUAAAGAACCAAAAUUGAUCGAUGAUGAUAUGGAUCUUGAAACUGCAGCAGGUACCAAUUUGCUAAGACCUUUGUUUGUAUAUCGUCGUAGUCAUCAACAUCAGCAACAACGGCAAUUUGCAAAAGCCUAUCAACAACGCACAAGAAUAAGAUAAUAAUUUGAAAAUAUUUUGUUAAUAUCUUUGAAUAUUUUUUUAUUAAAUUACAACGUAUAGUUUUACUGUUUUUAUACGAUUUUUAAAUGCUAAAUAUUUUAACUUAUUAAGUUAAUUUAGUUUAUUUAAAUUAAAAUAACAUAGCAAUUGUUGAAAACAGUUGUAAUGUGUAAUAAGUGAUACAUCCUUGAAAUGAUGCAAUCGAUAAAAUUCUUUUAGCAAAAUGUUGUUAAAUUUUAUUUUAAUUAUCGUUAAUUAUAACAGUAGUGUCAUUUAAUAAACGUAAAGAUUUGAUAGUCAUACAUAUCCUCAUAGACUAUAAAUCAUACCUCAUAAAUUAGUCUUCAGUGAUUUCAAUAAGAGGCACGUUAAAAACGCUUGAGAUUCAUCGAAGAAAUAAUUUUCUGAUUCGUUUUGUCAAUUUAUAAUUUUCAAAUUAAUUGUAGUAGAUCAUUAAAAUAACGAUUAUGUUUACGUUAUGGUUAAUUAUCUUAAUUGAGUCUUCUCACUAUACAUCAACAAUUGCUACGGAUAAUAGUUUAAUUCCACAAACGGAAAAUGCUUUGACUGAAACAACGACUAUUGAUUACAAACCUCUUCCAUUACAAAAAAGAAGCUUUCGUGGUUUAGAUCCUGUUGAUGAAAGCAUGUCUGACUCAAUCUCAGAAACUUCGCUUUCACAAGAAGAGACUGAUAAAAAUAAUGAUCAAAAUGAUGUAACUACUCCAAAAAUUGCUCCACUUGUUUUACAACCAAAUGUUGCUAAUGCAAUUGAUGCACCAGAUGGAGGACUUCUUGUUCCUUUAGUAAUACCAGCAGUAGCUACAGCUACCAAUACCAAUCUCAUUAAUACAAAUGAUACAAUUAAUCCUUUAUUGAUUAGUGAUCUAAAUUUAACUACCACCAGUACUGAUUCUAACAUGCUAUCAGGUGAGGCUGACAAUAAUGUUCCAGACAUGGAUGUUGCUGAAGAUAUUGUUUUUCGACCAUUAUUUAGAUAUCGUCAGGAGCGAAGAGAACAAUUCAGGUCUAGACCCAGAGACAGAUAUUAUCAACCAUAUUUAUACACUUAUAAUAGAUAUAAUUAGUUAAUUUGUUUAUUCUCCAAUUAAAUAUCAUUACAAACAA